AUGUCCUAUCCAACACUUUAUAAUACUGUCAAAAACAGUCGUUUUCUUUAUGGCCUCUUGAAACCAGUUGCUAGCUUUUAUGCUAAUAUCGCUGGAUAUAGGCAACUUGGUUUAAGAUAUGACGAUAUCUCAAGUGACGAUGGUGACAUAACUAAGGAAGCGUUAAAACGUAUAUCGCCUAAGGAACAGGAUCUUAGAACUUAUCGAAUUCGAAAUGCUUUUCAAUUAUCCUUACAACAUGAUAUUUUACCAAAAGAAAAAUGGACAAAACCUGAAGAUGAUGUAAGAUAUCUUUCACCUCAUAUAGAUGAGGUUGUAAAAGAAGAAGAAGAACGAGAAGCUUUCGAUGCAAUUAAAAUUGUUCGCAAAUAG